CUCUCGCGAUGUUUGUGGCGGAUGCGGGUAAGAUGGCGGCAGUUGGCGCUAGCGGCCCUCAGCAGCAGCAGCCGCAGCCCCAAGCGCAGUCCCAGCCUCAGCCGCCCCAGCAGCCGCCCCAGUACACGGACGCCUGGUACUUGGCGCUGCUGGGUUUCGCCGAGAACUUCCGCACGGCCAGCCCGCCCAAGAUCAAGCUGUGUGUGCACUGCCUGCAGGCCGUCUUCCAGUUCAAGCCGUCGCAGCGCAUCGAGGCCCGCACCCAUCUCCAGCUCGGCAGUGUCCUCUACCACCACACCAAGAACACCGAGCAGGCCCGCUCGCAUCUGGAAAAGGCGUGGUUAAUAUCCCAACAAAUUCCACAGUUUGAAGAUAUCAAAUUUGAAGCAGCCAGUCUUCUGUCAGAGUUAUAUUGCCACCAGAAUCUGGUUGAUUCAGCAAAACCACUUUUACGGAAGGCGAUACAGAUCUCUCAGCAAACGCCUUAUUGGCAUUGUCGACUGCUCUUUCAGCUUGCACAACUACACACGUUAGAAAAAGAUUUGGUUUCAGCAUGUGACCUCCUAGGAGUUGGAGCCGAGUACGCAAGAGUAGUGGGAUCAGAAUAUACAAGAGCACUCUUCCUCUUAAGCAAAGGCAUGCUGCUGUUGAUGGAGCGGAAGCUGCAGGAAGUUCACCCUCUCCUGACUCUGUGUGGCCAGAUUGUGGAGAACUGGCAGGGUAAUCCCAUACAGAAGGAGUCACUACGUGUCUUCUUCCUGGUGCUACAGGUCACACACUACCUGGACGCAGGGCAGGUAAAAAGCGUGAAGCCCUGCCUGAAGCAGCUGCAGCAAUGUAUUCAAACCAUCUCUACGCUACAUGAUGAUGAGAUCCUGCCCACUAAUCCCGCAGACCUCUUCCACUGGUUACCUAAGGAGCAUAUGUGUGUACUGGUUUAUCUGGUGACAGUAAUGCACUCCAUGCAAGCUGGAUACCUAGAGAAAGCCCAGAAAUACACAGAUAAAGCACUCAUGCAGUUAGAAAAAUUAAAAAUGCUGGACUGCAGCCCAAUCCUCUCCUCAUUUCAAGUCAUGUUACUAGAGCAUAUCAUCAUGUGUCGACUUGUAACAGGCCACAAAGCCACAGCUCUCCAAGAGAUUUCUCAGGUCUGUCAGCUGUGUCAGCAGUCUCCCAGGUUGUUUUCUAACCACGCUGCCCAGCUUCACACGUUACUGGGUCUGUAUUGCAUCUCUGUAAACUGCAUGGACAAUGCAGAGGCACAAUUCACAACAGCACUUAGGUUGACUACACAUCAGGAGUUAUGGGCGUUCAUAGUGACAAACUUGGCCAGCGUCUACAUCAGGGAGGGCAACAGACACCAGGAGUUAUACAAUCUACUGGAAAGAAUAAACCCAGAUCACAACUUCCCAGUCAGUUCUCAUUGCCUCCGAGCAGCUGCAUUCUACAUCCGGGGCCUCCUGUCCUUCUUUCAGGGAAGGUACAAUGAAGCAAAGCGAUUUCUACGAGAGACUCUGAAAAUGUCAAAUGCAGAAGACUUGAAUCGAUUAACAGCCUGUUCCUUGGUGUUACUGGGUCACAUAUUCUAUGCUCUAGGAAACCACAGAGAGAGUAAUAACAUGGUGGUACCAGCCAUGCAGCUGGCCAGCAAGAUCCCAGACAUGUCAGUCCAGCUGUGGUCUUCAGCAUUGCUACGGGAUCUGAACAAAGCGUGUGGGAAUACCAUAGAGGCUCACGAGGCAGCUCAAAUGCACCAGAAUUUUUCUCAACAGCUUCUCAAUGACCACAUAGAGGCCUGCAGCCUUCCUGAACACAACCUGAUCAAUUGGACAGAUGGGCCUCUUCCUGUACAGUUUCAAGCCCAGAAUGGACCCACCACUAGCCUCGCCAGUCUUCUAUGAACAGAACUGAAAGUGUAAAGCGGUGGAAGCCGACGUGUCUCAAACCAGGCAACGCAUGAAAAAGGAUUUUGAAAGCAGCUUCCCAGUCAUUGCCAGGCAAACAGUAGACAGAGCGAGAGAAUGUGUCUGCAUGCAGCAUUGUGGGUACUUUCUAGUCUUUAACCUUCUUUCCUCUGGGUGGUCAGCCUAUCCCAGCUUCUAUGAUUGCUAAGGACUUUGAUGCAAAGGAGCAGUUUGGGUUGAAUUAUGUCAGUUGUCCUGUGGGAAUCAUUAUUACCCUCUGCCCUUCCCCAGUGCAAAAUGUGUUUGUAAUUUGCUAAAUUCUGUAUUCUCAACUCGCCUGUUUCUCAGCAAUGAAAUUUUUGUUUUGGGAGAAAUGAACAAGGGGACUUUGCCCUCUCCUUUCACAUCCCCCCAAUAACAUGUUCUCAUGUUCUCCCCUCUCCUACCCCAUGCCCUCAUAUGAGAUUGGAGUUGAUGUUUUCCCUGUUCUCAUCCUUAGUGAUGCAGUCGCUGUGGAAAUGGAAGGGGAACUUUGAAACUGCUAGGCUCUGAAUGAAUGGAAGGGGAGGGUGUCAAGUCGGAGGGGUUAAUUGUAUGCAUUUAUAUGUACUAUUGAUAAGUUCAGGAGCUUGGUGCUGUUGUUGGUGUUCAGUGGCAAUUUUUAUGAAAUGGCUAAGCCAGCAGUAUAAGUGGACGUCAGGAUCUUGCGAUCCCACCUGCACAUUGACAGUGUGUCCAUCUAUAAAGUAGAUGCUGUGAAUAUCGACCACAACCCCCAAAUGAUUGCAGUUUGACCAAAUUUAUUUUUUCUCUUCACCUGCUAUUUGAGACUAUUUCACCGGGAGUCUCUGUUGCAGCAAAUAAAUAGAUCACUGUCAUACUCACUCAGUCUCUCCUGCUCAGUGUAAGGCCUCGCUUCCUCCUCCUUCCCUUCCUCAUGACUCAAACCACUCCCAAAAAACAGAUCAUAGAAUCAUACCGCACAGAAGGAGAUCAUUCAUCCCAAUGCUGUAAUUUCUGCUUUUAUUUUGGUGCUAGUGUCUAAAAGAGAAAUUCUUAAAUUCUCAGGUUGUUUGAUUUUAUAAACUUCAAGGCUGAGAGCCUUGGCCACUUCAAUCAUGCAGUGAGGAAAUUCGUACAAAGCUGUUCCUUUUCCCACAUUCCACUCCCCUUAACGCACUCCCCUCAUUCGCUCCAGGUGCGGUCAGUAAAAUGUGCCCUAAUGCACUGUGCCAGCAGCUGUGGACAUUUAAUGAGGAGUGUAUCAUGUAAUAAUGGAAAAAACUCAAUGCAAAGACUUGUAAUUCACCUCUAUCAAAAAUAUGGUUUUAAUACAGACCUGCAGAGUUUUUAAACAGAAGUUGGCACCUGUCCAGGCAACCAAAUAGCUAAAUGGGUAUAGCACUGAGACCGAAGGCUGUCGAGGAUUCCCAUUUCAAUACCAUUGGUGCAUUAGAACUGGCUUCUGUGCCACUGCUGAUGGAGCAAGAAGAGGAAAUCAGCUCCUGAUACUUGUCCAGUGACCCCAGUUGGAAGGUGUGUGCCAAUUUACACUUGGCUUUGAUUCAACCCCUCUAGGAUCAAUUGUAUGCUGUUACCUCAGUACUUAGCCCUAGAGUUAACCUUUUUGUGAGACCCCUGCCUGUGUGCUGAUCUUGGUGAGCUAUGAUCCACCUGGGUGAGAGGAGGGUCACAAAUCAGCCAGGGAUCCUGCUUCGAAUUGGAAUUCAUCAGGAAGUGCUUGUGUGUGAGACUACAUCAGCCCAUUUGCCCUAAGAUCACACAAUCUGUUAUAACAUAUGCUCACACAUGAAGAUUGGCCAUUUGGGGAAGGUAUUGGCGAGUGACUCACCCGGAGAACAGAAUGCCUGCAAUGGCCAUUACCAUCAGGAGAACUGGGAAGAAAAUUAGCAACAAACAAAAAGUAAGCAAAUUGAAUUCCAAGACUUUCUUAACUGAUUAAAUGGGGGUGAAUCCUACAGGUGGAAUUUAGCUCGUCCACUAUGGAUUCUGUUUGGUGUGGGAUCCUCCUGUCUUGAUAUAAUAGCUGAGAUGGUGGAAGAGAGGGAGCUCCAUAUGGCUGUAAUGGCAGAGCUGUGAAAGAGUCACAGUGGCUGCUGGAAGAGGCCACAUACUGCCUCUGUGUGCUGGCUGAGGUGGUUGGAAAGACCAGGGGUUUGUGCAGAAACUGGGGCAGAGGUUAAACAGGAGUUAAAUUCUUCUUCUUUUCUUGGUUUAAGUUUUGUUUAUUUUUGCACUCCAAAGCAUUCGUUCUACAUCCAACAUGUAUCAUGACUUCAGGAAAUAGGCAAGGCCUGAUUGCCAUUGUGCCUUUGUUAUGAGAAAAGAAUUUGCAUUAAACUCGGAGAGUUUUUGUUUAAAAGCUUGGUGGUAGAAAUCUGAAGUAAAAACUGGAAAUAGAGACAUGGUCAGUUAGGAUCUGAAAAGGAAUGGAGAGAUUAACCACAUCAGGAUCACCUAUCUCUUUUAAGCACUAACUGGCCUGUUCUCUUUUUGUGUUUUAAGUGAUUUGUCUCCCUUCAGAUUGAUUUGAAUAAGGUGUGCUGUAUUGGAUAGUGGGAGAGAACUGAUUGGAGAUCGGUAAGAAAGCAGAUAAGUGGAGGCAAUUUCCCCCAAAUAUGCAUAGUACUGAAAUAACUCAGCUUUAACCCUGCUAAAUUAAAGUCUGAUCUAAAGGGUUGUUCUAAAUUUUAACACAAAAUCCAUGCCCCCCCCACCCCCUUGCAGUGACUUCUCAGCUGCACGUCUGUGAAUUUGAUCAGCGCUUCCCAAAACAAUAAGCACAUGAACCCUUUCCCAAAACUGAUUCAGUUCAUCACUUGUUGCCCUCUUUCCCCCAUUGCAGUGUGCUCAUUUACCUGCUGCAUCCACUCCACGUUUAACUGAGUUAGUUUUGGAACUAAUACUUCCUGCUUUUACUUGUCACCAUUACAGAGCUAUUAAGGUGACUAACCAAUCCACAUUCAAUCUUGACUCUUGUGUAAAGCUGGAAGCUGCGAAGAUAACUGUUGAUGCUGCUUGUGGCACCUCGGCUUCAUUUUUAAAAAAAUACUGUUUUAUACAGUGGAAAAUUACACUUGUCAAAUUACUUCAUUUUUUAAAAAAAUGCAGAUUACUUCCCCUGGGGAAGGGUGCGUUGAUUAUUCCUUAGACUGGAGGACAUUUUAGUGUGACUUCAUUGUAAAUAACGACUUUGAUAGGCCUAUGAAACAACCAAGAGUGAUCAGGUCCAGAAAAUGACUACCAACUGGGCAGCCUGCUGCAUUUUAAAUCCGAAGCAGUGAAGUGAUGGAUGGGCUACUCUUUACAAGAAGUCAUGCCCAACAAGGCUUUUCUUUCCUUGUGUCAGUAUGAAGCAAGCACUAGGAGAAUAAGUUUUUAAAGGUGGGUGUUACAGAUUUAAAGCAUUUUCUAAUGAGUCAGUUAAGCUGUUUUCAGCGAAUGAGUGUUCUUAGAAGUUGAAUAAGUCCACACCAAGCACAUAAGAGAAAUGGCAAAAAAAGAACCCAGUCCUUUUGUUCACCAAGGACACCAUUUGGGAAUUGCCCCCUUUUUAAAGCAAUGACUGGCAUGGAAUAAACAAACUCUUGAGUGACUGGGCUGACCACCAUGUCGGGUGCAGCCACUGUUACCACUCCUAACUCCUUAAGAUCAUUUGUUUCUUCAAAUGUAAGUCAGAAUUUUAAAGAAAAAUGUUUUUUAAAAAUUGGAAAAAAUAACUCUCAACUGCCUUCGCAUCAAACUCCUCUGUCUCCUUUAACCCCUGUACUCUCUGACUGCCCAGUAAGCUUAACCUGCAAUCUCACAUUCGGAUUCCCCACCAUUAAAGACUGUGUAUGUAAAUUAUUAGGGUUGUGUUGUUAACGCUAACAAUAUUUUGUACAGCUUGUGUUUCUUUUAUCAAAUGAUUGUAUAUUUUAUUUAGUAAGGUUAUUCUGGCUAAUCCCCUCCUCCCGACCCUCUGCCCUUUGUUAUUUAUAAUUUAACAACUUUCUCCAUCUGUGUAAGGCUCCUGAAGACAUAUUAACAAGAGAUAACAUGUACAUAUAUACAUAGGAUGUAUACAACAUGCUGAACUACCCUGCAGUUCAACUGGACAAUAAUCAGCUUGGUUCGUGUGUCUGGUGACUUUAGUCAACCUUGACAGAAAUCUGGGCAAUAAUUUUAUUGAGUGCUGCAGAGCAAUGUAAGACUGGACUAUUUUUGGUUUCUGCUUCCCUCCUCACCUGAAGGUGCUGACUUUCUCUGGCAUUUAGAUUCCAGGAGUGCGGCACACUCCAUUGCUCAGUGGCCAUUCUUCACCUUUGGCCCUAGUUGGCAAAUCUCGACAGGCGAAAGGCCAGUUGUUUUUAAUCCAAGUCCAUUUUAAUGUAUCUUCCUGAAUUUCCUCUCCCCUUGCUCAUUCUUGUUGGCUGGUGAACAAAGAUUGCCAUGGCCUGGCAAACUUUUACCCCUUCCACCCCCCCCUCGCCCCGCCCCUGAUGGCCUCCCUGUCCUGACUGGGGGAGUGUGAGGGAAUGCUUGUACCAGGUGGCCUGGAUUUAUCAGUGUUCCCAGAUCCACAUCCUCUCACUGUGCUUGUGCAGUCCAUUAGGCUGCUAUUUCUUUUAAAACACUUUGAUGGGGUGGGGUGGAGAAUAUGAUUUCAUCCCUUUUAUAAACCUAUCCUGUGAGCUUUGCCCUAUGCCCGGUAGUCAAAGUCGAUGCCUAAUUUAGUAUCAAGCCAAACAGAGCACAAGGGUCCAGGUCACAGUUAGUGCUGAGUUAGAUAAUCUCAGCUGGGGUGGAAAUUGAAGGAUUGUAUUCUACCUCUUAAUCCCUAGGUCGUCAUGUGUGCGGGCAAGAUCCAUCAUGGUUCCUCGCUUCUGAUCACUGUCCACCUAAUCUGCUAGGAAAUGUGUGAGCGGACCUUGACUGAGGCAGUAUUGGCCGACUGUGAUCUGUUCACCUGCCACCUCCCAAAAUAUGAUCAGUUAACCUAUAAGCAUUUACUGCCUGGGUUUCCAUGUGAAGAAUCCUCCUUUGGCAGAGGUUGGACAAUGGCCUGAGGGCUGCCGCCUCCUCUGGAAUGGCCAAUGCAAUUCAGCACCUUGAGUAAAAGAAGGGAAUUGAUUUGGAAAAAAAAACAGCACCCAGGCACACCUAACUGCUGGUGAGUGGCCUAAAAGCACUAGGGAGUGAGAUUUAUCAGUCUCCCAGUGUCGUGUAAAAUCUCCCCACAGGUGAUGCAAGUGUGGUAUUAGUCCCACACUGGCAGCAGCAGCUGGCUGGCACACUUAACCAGUACUCACAGCACUGCCAGUGUGGAGAUGCUCUCAGAGGAGAGGAAUUUUGAGUUUGUAUUAUACCUAGUGCCACAGGGUUACUGAUAUGCUGAUCUGCAUCAGUUGUUAAAGCCGGUUUCACUCGAGGCUGUUUUGUAUGCUGAUAUCAUUUCAAUAUUUGAUCAGAGGAUAUUCUAACUGUAAUAAAUUGGUCAUUUUUAUUUAAACACUUUUCACCCCUUCCCCGCUCAAAAAUAAUGGAAGGAGGUUGUAAAGAUUAAAUCUUUAAAAGUUUUAUAUAUGAGAUGUUUUUAUACCACACAUAUGGAAGCAGCACAAGUAAUAUCACUUAUAAGUAAAGUUAUAAGAGUUACUGACAUGUCAUAAAUUAAUUACUGCUUUAGGACACCAGUAACUUGUCUAGUUUAACAUCAGAUUCUGCAUAAUUUGAACUGUGUACCUCUGAGAGUCCACAUGUGAUUCCAGGAUAUGCCUGGACCUGUGGUGUACAUCAGAUAACUGGUUCCGGAUCACAUCCUCUUGGCUGGGUUAGCUCGUCUCAACACCACAUUGUGAUUGGCCUCGAUCCCUGGGCCAGCCAGAGCUCUUGCCCCUGUCGGUAACCCACUGACCCUCCUUCUGGACAGAGCAUGGGUGGGUCAAGAGAAGACAGAGUGGGGGAGAGCUCAGCUGUGAAAGCCCGCACGAUCGUACUGUUCGGUUGACCAUUCCGGCUCAUCCGUGAAUACCAACAGCUGGGAAGUGGUGCUAACUGGCUGCUUUGUGUCUGCAGAAACAAGAGCCAACACCUAGAAAGGGAGAGCAAAGUCAAAACUGGAUAGAGGGUUGGGAAUGUAAUAAGUGUGAUGUUGGCUUGUGUCCUAAUCCUGUGUGUGGUAUAAACCUUAGGAACAAUGGUGUUUAGCUGAAGAUAUUUUUAAACAAACCUAGCCCUCGAGUGCUUGAUGCAUUGUCUCUGAAGGCAAUAAAUAUUAAGCUUAAUGGGUGUCAGACGUUAGGAAUGAGCUGGUGGGUACGAUUCUGCAGAAACAGAUAUCCAUGGUGAAAAUUUAAAUAUUUUAUAUAAAUAUAUAUAGAUUAGAUAAAGGACAUCUUUUUAUAUAAUCGAGUUGCUGAUAUUUUUCUGUUGUCUUUUUAUAAACACCUUGUACACCAUGCCUUUGUGGUAUUUAUGUAACUCUGACCCGACUGGGUGUGAUGCCAUGCAGGUUUAUUUCUGUAUGACUGCAGUUAGGACUGGGGUGAUGAGGGGGUGGGGUUAAGAAGGGGGAGUCCGACAACAGUUGCAUUAAUGUUGUAUUUGAGACACCCACCCCACCCCUCGAGUAAACUUGCGUCAAUGCUCCCCCACUGUGUACUGUCUUAAGUUUCACCCCUUCCAUCACUCCCUUAGCCCAAAUCAAAACCUGCCUUUUUCUUCGCUGUUCAUUUGCUGAUAGCUCACUCCUCCAGACAUGGCUUCCCUCUGCUCCUUCAGGUACUUACAGCAGUGAGUGGCUGACUGUACAGAUUAGGAAGACCCCAUGUUCAGCCUGUGCUGACGGCAGCCAUUUGGUCUCAGGAUUUGUAGCUUAAGAAAGGGGUGAGGGUGGAAAAAAUUACCCACAGUUUCCAUCUCCUAAUUAUUAUCCAGUAACAUCUGCAAGGCAGUGCAGAUUUGGGUGGGAGCAGGGCUGUGCUCAGCUGUGAUGCUUCCUUGAGUAGCCAAUUGUCACUUGCUGUCCAAACUCUCUCAAGCGAUAUAAUUUAAAUGAGACAGCAGAGGGCAAUUUUAUUACCCCUGGUGAGUCAGCACCUAGGAAACCCAUACCCUUGGUGUGAGUUUUUCUUUUUCUUCCAUUUUCUUUCUCUUUCAUUAGUGUGCCCCCCCUCUCUUUCCACACUGUCUGUCUCUCUCUCUCUCUUUAUCAUCCCCUCCCCCUCUUCCUCCUCCUCCUCCAGAAGCCAGGGCAGAGUUUUCCUGGUGGUUGGUUUGGGACUAUCCCACAACCCCCAUUGACUAGGAAUGUCUCUGGUUUGACCCGCAUUCUGUACUGAGUUUUCAGCGACACACCCCGGCAGAUCAAUCGGCCUCGAUGGCGCCUGCGCCCGGGGAGAGAGAUGGAAUGAUUAUACCAGUCAGGGCUUGCACUCCAGAUAUGUUGUCCCCUGGACAGUGUCCAUCUGUUGAGGACAGGACUGGGCUGUGUGUGAAAUCUGCAGACUGACAGUCGCCAUCUAGGCAGCCACAUGUGUGAGGUGCUGACAAUGCCUAAGAUCUGAGAAACUGUACCCCAACAAGUGUCCCUGUCUUCAGGCAAUGAAGGAAGAAAACAGAGCUAUGGAGCCUCUGUGUGCUUUUAGCAUGGAACACACCAUUCUCUGGGUGAAACAAAAAUGGGGGAGAUCGAGAAAAUAUUUCUCCUCCUAUUUUCUAAGGAGAGCGUGGACAUGUUCAUCACAAUCGACAAUAAACUGGACAAAUAAUUGCAAGCACCCAUUAAUGUAUGUUGGGUGAUUAAUAUUUACAACAAUGCAGAGCAAACUGAUACAGUAACUACUACAGUAAAGAAAUUAACUUUGCAAGAACAUGCAGCUCUCAAAUGUGUAUAUCACCAUUGACUAGAUAUCAUAUUCAUUUUUGUUUCUGCAACUCUUUUUGUACAGACAAUUCAAAGUGUUUUGAAUGAGGCAAUUUUUAAUAUGUACCCUCAUCAUGUAUCUGGUGAACCAGUUUCUGUGUAAUUAUGUUCCCUUAAGAAUCAAUGUUAUGGCAGGUUUGUUAACAUGUAUGGUGUUUUAGCAUCACUGUACUUUUUGGAAUAGUUUAUAGAUGUCUAGAUGUUUUGAGAUGUAAAGGAUUCCCCAUUUCAGUGAUGAAACAUCACUGUAAAAUGGGAAAAGCUCAGUUUGUAAAUAUGGAUCUUUGUAAACAGAAUCUGCCUGUCGCUGUGUUUUUAGCUUUCUAUUAUGUUUGGAUUAACUUUUUUGGUUUUUUUCUAUAUAUCAGGGAAUUUUUAAAUAAAUUCAUAAACAAAC